UUUUCUAUUGGCGGCAUUGGGUGACGUGUGGCUGUGUUGUAAACAUGGGGAACCGAAGGCAAUUGUCGCUUCCGUUUUUUUUUAUUUUAGCCAUAAGUUAUGUUAGUGCGAAUUUAGUUCAUAAAAGAUUUGAGUACAAAUAUUCUUUUAAACCACCUUAUUUAGCUCAAAAAGAUGGUUCAGUGCCGUUUUGGGAAUACGGUGGAAAUGCAAUUGCAAGUUCAGAUAAUGUCAGAAUAGCACCUUCCUUAAAGAGUCAAAAAGGUGCCAUAUGGACCAAAACCCCUACAAGUUUUGAAUGGUGGGAUGUAGAUAUUGCUUUUAGAGUAACAGGAAGAGGCAGAAUUGGUGCUGAUGGAUUGGCUUUUUGGUUCACCCAAAGUAAAGGAGCUUACGAUGGUGAAGUGUUUGGAUCUUCAGACAGAUGGGUGGGCUUGGGUUUAUUUUUUGAUUCAUUUGACAAUGACAAUAAACAUAAUAAUCCCUACAUUAUGGCGGUCGUCAAUGAUGGUACAAAAAAUUUCGAUCAUCAAAAUGAUGGAACUACUCAGGCAAUAGCUGGAUGUCUGAGGGACUUUAGAAAUAAACCUUUCCCCACUAGAGCAAGAAUUGAAUACUAUCAAAAUAUUCUUACUGUUUUAUUCAAUAAUGGAAUGACCAAUAAUGAACAGGAUUAUGAAAUGUGUUUCCGUGCUGAAAAUGUUUAUUUACCAAAGAAUGGGUACUUUGGUGUUUCAGCAGCUACAGGUGGAUUAGCUGAUGAUCAUGAUGUCAUCCAUUUCUUGACGAACAGUUUACAUCAGCCUGGACAAUUCCAACAGACACAGCAAGUUGCUGGGGAUGAACAACAGAAGUUGAACAAAGAGUAUCAGGAUUACCAGAGAAAGUUGGAACAACAAAAAGCAGACUACAGGAAAGAACAUCCAGAGGCCAAACCUGAAGAAUCUGAUGAUUGGUUCGAAUCAGAUAAUCAAAGAGAAUUGAGACAAAUUUUCCAAGGCCAAAGCCAAAUUUAUGAAAUCAUAAAGGAAUUAGGCAGAAAACUCGAUGAAGUAGUGGGUCGUCAAGAAAGAACGAUGAGUCUUAUCUCCCAACAAUCAAGUGGAUUAGCUAGUCAGGCUGUUCCAUCAGCUGCUCCAGGACAAGCUCCGCCUCCUCAAGGUGGUUAUGGAGGUGAUACCAUAAGGAGACACGAAGUUGAUGCAAUGUUCAACAGUCAAAACCAAAUAAUGGGAGUUUUGAAUGAAUUGAAACAAGCCAUUGUGGAGGUGAAAGGCAAAGGUGAUGCUAUACUGAUGAAUCAAGUCAAAGCUCCCACAGCGCAGGUACAGGCUGUAGGCUACGACACACAAUCUUUGAUAUCAGAACUACGGGAUGGCCUUAAUCAAGUCAAAACAAGUGUUCAUCAAGUGCAUCAAAAACUUGGCACUGAAGGCAACUGUCCAAAAGUCAGUUGCGUAUCUAUGACAUCGAUAUUGGUGAUAGUAGCAGUUCAAUUAGCAAUUAUUCUAGGAUAUAAUAUUUACAGAGACGCCAAGGAGAGUCAAUCUAAAAAAUUCUACUAAUUGGUUGUGUGAGCAAUUUUAAAUUUAGUCCAGAAAUGAAAUUAUCAAGAGAGAAAACUCAACAAGAACAAUAAUUUAUAAAUGUAUUUGGUACAGAAAAUUUAAAAAAAUUUAUCAAUACAAACAGUGCAAUGAAGACUGUAAUAUUGUUAUGUAUCUAAGGUUCAACAUAGAGAUUUAUUUAUAAACUUUUUUUGUAAAAAUGUACAUGUUAUAUGAUAGUGGAAAAAAUUUUUAAACAAUCAUUCAAUACAUUUUUCUCAUUUCAUGAUGUCUUCAACCUGAUAUUUUAUACCUUUGUAGUUUGCAUAUUUGUGUAUAAAUUAAAAAUUUUCUCCAUGAA